AUGGCUUGUGCAAGCCUGCGCUUGCGCUACAGCAUGAACGCAACAGCACCAUAUGCAACCAAUACCAGCAGAAUUCUAAUUAGAGGCCCCGUAGACAUUAGUCCGCCCCGUUGCUCACCUGCGGCUGCGGUGCGCGUGACGGCCUGCGCGGCGACGGAGGUGACGGUGAGGGCGGCGCGCAGCUGCGCGGCGGAGGGCGCCGCGGCGCCGGCGCGCGGCAGGAAGCGCACGGACGCGGCGCCGUCCGCCAGCAGGAAGGCGUUGCGCGAGAAGCGGCCCUCCCAGUCGCCGGCCUCCAGCCACACGAAGGGCGCGGGCCGGUCCGUCGAGAAAGCAAUUAAUGUUAUGCCGUACGAUGGCACUGUAAAAGGUAUUGUGGAUGCUAUUUACAAAGGAGCCAACUUCAAAUGCACGCAUUGA